AUGUCAAUCGAAAUAAUUCCUCUAGGCGCAGGCCGAGAAGUGGGGAGAAGCUGCGUCAUUGUAAGAAUGGCAGGCCGAACACUUAUGUUUGACUGUGGAAUCCACAUGGGUUAUGAAGAUCAGCGCAGAUUUCCUGAUUUUUCUCACAUCGCUCAGACUGAUGAUUUCACGCCUUAUUUUGACUGUGUGCUGAUUACCCAUUUCCAUCUCGACCACUGUGGAGCUCUGCCUUAUUUUACAGAGAUGAAAGGAUACAACGGGCCAGUCUUCAUGAGUGGGCCUACACGAGCUAUAGCUCCGCUGAUGCUGGAAGAUUUCAGAAAAGUGUGUGUUGAGUACAAAGGAGAGUCAAAUUUCUUUACAAGUGAAAUGAUUAAAGGGUGCAUGGCGAAAGUAACAACUAUUGAACUGCAUCAGACCAUUACGGUGUGUGGGGAUAUUAAUAUUACUGCUUAUUAUGCAGGACAUGUCCUAGGAGCAAUUAUGUAUCAUAUUGAAUGUAGAGGGUACUCACUUGUAUAUACAGGAGAUUAUAAUAUGGCAGGGGACAGACAUCUGAGAGGAGCGUGGAUUGAGAGGCUAAACCCACAUGUGGUGAUAUCAGAAAGCACCUAUGCGACAAAGUAUAAAGAAUUGAAGAUGAGAAGGGAAAAAAUGUUUUUAAAGAAAGUUGUGCAGACUAUAGAAAGAGGAGGAAAAGUACUGAUUCCUGUAUUCGCAUUAGGAAGAGCACAAGAACUUUGUAUUUUAUUAGAUACAUAUUGGCAUAGGACGCAUAUUGAAGUUCCCAUCCAUUUUGCUGGAGCUUUAACUGAAAAAGCAAAUUUAUUUUACAAAACUUAUAUAAACUGGUGCAAUGAAAAUGUGCAGCGAACUUUUCUUAUGAGAAACAUGUUUGAUUUUCAGCACAUAACUCCUUUUGAUAGAGGAAAUAUCAAAGCAAAAGAGCCUAUGGUCUUAUUAGCGACCCCAGGUAUGCUCCACGGAGGUUUAUCUCUUAGUGUAUUCAAAGAAUGAUGCGAAGACAGUAAAAACACCCUUAUUCUUCCAGGCUACUGUGUCCCAGGAACAGUAGGCCAUACACUAUUAAAAUCGAAGACAGACGUAGUCAUGAUUGAAGGAAAAGAAUACGAAGUCAGAUGUGAAGUCCAAGCUAUGUCAUUCAGUGCUCAUACAGACCAUAGAGGAAUUAUGCAAGUUCUCAAAUGAAUCCACUCUAGCAACGUUGUGCUUGUCCAUGGCGAAGAAGAAAGAAUGAGAGGGCUUCUGCAAGAUGUCCAACAAACAAUGGGUGUUCCUUGUUUCAUGCCUGGAAAUUUAGAACACUUGAUGAUCCAAGUUAAUGCUUCUGUCCCUAUGAAAAUUGAGUACCCUCUAAUUUGUGACUACCGCGCUACACAUCAUGUCAAUUUCGUAGAAAAUAUAUUCCAAAAUAAUCCAAGGCCUCAGGAGCUCGAAUGCAACAUUACUGAUGAUUGGAUUUUAGAAGACGCCCGCAGCAUUUCGUUCAGCUGUGAGAUUUUCUGCAGCCUAAACCAAUUAAAAUCGACGCUUGAAGACUCUAUUUUGCAGCUACUUUCAAUAGAAGAAAUUGCUGAGUCAAGGCUGCAGCUGACCUGGGAUGCUAAAGAUGAUACACUAGUCUCUCCUCUCCUUUCUUCUCUCCCACAGGCCGCUUAA